AGAUACAAUCCAGCAGCUAUGGAGACAUUUUUCGAAAAGAGCCAAGUGACACAGAUGUGAAUAAUAUUUCAUUCUCCAAAGAUACGUCUAAUUUAUGCAUAAGUGGAUGCAUAGGUAACACACGACUUUCAUUCUUGGUUGAUACAGGAGCCGUGACAACAGUAAUCAAUGCAAAUUUAUAUGAUGCUAUUCCUGAGCUGAAUAAUUAUCCCCUCGUUCCACAACCAACUCACGAGUUGCGUUCCGUGAAUGGUGGUUCGAUUCCAGUCCUUGGCAAAGCAGAAAUUCCAUUUAUUAUUGAUGGCCAACUAUUCCCAUUUACGACACUUGUAGCUGAUAGUCUUUCUCACUCCGUUAUUUUAGGUCGUGACUUUCUUGAGCACUACCAAGCUACUGUUGACUUCAAGUCUCUUUCACUUGAACUCCCUGAGCAAGAGCACGCCCUUCCGCCAGAGUUACCUGAACGAUGUAAAGUCCAGGCCACCGAUUCCUUUGUUUUGGAACCACAUACCGAAACAGUUGUGACCUGCGCGCUCCAAUUCCCAUAUGAUCCUGGUGGUACUGCACUUGUUGAACCAAAAAAAGAGACCUUGCUCCUUGUUAUCCGUCCCUAAUAUUCGGUCGAGGGACCUUUUGUUAAGGCGCGCGGCAAUGUCAGACUGGGGCGUAACACUGACUCCACGGCCCCCUUUUAAGUUACAAUCAAUCACAGACGCACAAUAAAGCACACAUAUAAUCCACUGUGCCUACUGUGUUCCGUUGUAACCAUGUUUACUCUUAUAACGUUCCUAUAUUCACCAUACAACCUAUCUGUAUACAUAUUUAUCAUUGGGUUUGUGCUAGUGCUGUUGUACUAGUACAUUAAAAUACAAAAAAAGUAUUAUCUUAUCUCCGUUUGUUAUUCUUUUUUUUCUUUGUUAUGUUAAGAUAUUAGAAAUGGCUGAUACACUGAUAAAAUGUUCUAGCCCUUUAGAUCCAGCAAUAUGCAGCUUCCAAGUUAUCUGUUCUGGAUAUUUCUUGCCGGAACACUGACGUUUGCCGUACCUCCAUUUGAACGUUUGGAUCCCGUUAAUGACCAAAUCAGAUUCUACCCACAAGCUAUGAUGAUCGCUCGAAAACCGCGACCCCUCAUCUUCUAUAAUGACACUAAAAUCGUUCACCUCCGCGUUAACCUUCCCGCUAUCAAACUAACAAAGAUAUCAUCCCACGUGAAGCCCUGUUUCACCAAUGACCUUUUUCCUGACGUCGCUGAUUACCUUCUCCAAAGACUUCAAGAAUUAGAAACWCUUAUUCAACGACUAGGCUCACUCGAAGGACUUACUAACCUAAUUCAGUGUGACCUCUACCUCAAACGCUACUUCAACGCAGAGACCAACUUAAAGCCAAAGAUGAACUGCCCUCUUGCCUUUAACGCUAGCCUUGCUCAUUGCAAAGCAUGGGCUUUA